GGUUGUUGAGAACGCAAUUAAACUCCGGAGCUAGAGUAAACAAAGAUGGCUUCCCUUGGACUUCUCGCUAAUUAUGGAAGUGAUGAAGAAGAUUCGUCAUAUACAGAUUCUGAUGAUAAUGCAUCUAACUCUGUAACGAUAAAAAGUGACAAGGAAGAAAAAGCAAAACCAAAUUUCUUUGAUGCAGGCGAAAGCAGCUCUGAAGAAAGCAGCAAAGAGGAAGAAACUGAUAGAAAAGAAAAACUUCCGAACCCCAUGCUAGGGGGUCUUCCCCGGCCAGUGUUUGAAGAGGGCAAUGAUAAAGAAUUACUAUCUGUGUUCACAAACCCUUAUGAACAAGCUGAGCAAGCCAAAAAUACUGUUCUGGAAAAACAUGUGAAAAUGGUGGAGAGGAAUAUCCCCAAAGGAAAAGCGGGUCAAGUCUGUUUUAAGUAUAAGAAAGGCAAGUGUCCAUAUGGGAAAAAUUGCAGAUACUCUCAUGACUUAAGUUCAGAACUGAUUUCAAAACCUGCAGCAAUAACAGAGGAAAAACCAGUUUUUGAUUUUCAACACCAUUCUAUGACUGUGCAAAAUAUUGAACCAGAGCUGGAAGACGAUGACAGUUAUAUGGCAAAUGCCAAAAGAAAAAAGAGGGCAGGAGUUACAGAUCAUUUAGUACCCCCCAAAAAAGCGUUAAAAUCCCUUGAUAAACAGAGACGCAAUGAGAGACCAUGGACUAUGUCAGAAUAAUGAAAAUAAAUUUUAAUUAGAAAAGGUUCUUUUUUUUUGAUAAAGUGCAGAGUUGUCUUCCUGCAGAAUAUUUACAUGUACUAGUUUUUUGAAAACAGCAAUCCAGGGAAGUAUAAAAUUUAUGAAAUUUAAAUUAUUUCAUAUUUAUGAUAUCCAAUCACAAUUGUUGAAUUAUAUAAUGUGAUACAAUAUCAGAUGAUAUAAAUUGAAGUAUCACCUGACAAUGUAUAUCUCCAAAUUUUUAUGUCGAGGAAAACCUCAGCAAAUGGAAAUAAAAAUGGAUGAAAAUACAAUCUGCAUAUAAUAUGUAUUACCGGUAUAUAGAAAAAAAAGAAGAAAAUGCAGUUUAUACAAUCAAAACAUGUUUAUCAGAAUGUAAAUUCCAGGCAUAUUACAUGUACAGAUGAGUAACAUUUUAAAAAGUCAAGUGCAUUCACAACAGGUAAACAUUUUUACAACAGACAAUUGUAAUUAGGAAGGCCAACUUAAUUUUUCUAUCAUUUAUUUCAAAUUUUUCUAUCAUUUAUUUCAAAUGUCAAAGUAGAACCAGUGCUGUCUGUGGGAGUUGUAUGUACUUUGUAUAUACCCCUACAUAAUUAACUGCUUUUGCAUAUUUUUCCUGAAACCUUUUUUAUGUCAGAUAUAAUAGAUGUUCUAUUAGGGUACCACAUAUAAAAAAAUUUAUACAAUAAAAUGUAACUGAAAUUCUAAAUAUUUAUUUCUUGUAAAUUUUCCCAGGGGAUCAUGUUUUACAUCAUCCAAUGACAAUUCUGGUAGAGGCCACCAUGCUCAUUUUAACCAUGUACAUGUACUUGUGUUGCUUCUUAGAUUUCCAGCUUUUUAAAAUUUUAAAAAAUUAACUCACACAAAUUUACUAGAAUAUGAUCAAUACAAUUCCAUUGAACGCCAGAACUCCUUUACAUCAUGAGGCAAUAAAUUUCAGAAUUUGAUAGAAGCACUAUUGCUCAUGAUCUACUGAUAGGUUGUCUGCUAGAUCAUGUGACCUAGACAGCAAGAAGAUUUUUAAAAGAAUAAAUACACAGUCAAUAGUGCCCCAACUUUGCACUUGAUCCCCCGAUUCACCUACAGUAGGUCAUGAAUUUCUGAGCUCAUUCUUAUCUUGCUUCCGAGAUACUGUCAGUAGAAGAUAAUUAAGGUCUGGGACUAUAUAUACUGUAAAUUCCUAAUUAAAUGGAGAAAUAAAUACACAAAAAAUCGUGAAAAGCAAACCUUGCAGAUUUUAAAAUCUCAAUUUUAUUUUUCAGACAGAUGUAUAAAACUAAAUAAAACUAC